UUUAUCUUAUAGUUGGUGACAACACCAAUAAAAGAGUCCCUUUUUAUAAGUUGGCCUAUUUAUUUCAUUUCAUACUUCUUAAUACUCACCACCACCACACCAUAAACCACCAUGCAUCUCCACCAUCUUUGCUUUGUCUUGCCACCAGAUAGUGAUGACAUAGUUGAUCACAAACACCACUCUAAACCACCACCAUUACCGCCGUCGUUACCAAUAUCAACGUCACGUCAGCAAAAUUCAUAUAGCAUUCAUAUCAAGAAAAAACUUCAAAAAAUUUUUAGCCAAAAAAAAGACAUUACUCUUUGUAGUUUCUGCAUCAAACCACCUGCAGCUGUGUUCCACGACACGGAUGGGGUCCAAUUUUCGAAAGAAGUGAGUGUUGGUGCUUACAGUCCCAAGACCUAUACAUACUCUGAGUUAUAUAUAGCCACCAAAGGGUUUAGCCAAGAUGAAAUACUUGGCAGUGGUGGAUUUGGAAGAGUUUUUCGAGCCGUCUUGCCUAGUGAUGGCUCUGUGGUGGCGGUUAAGUGUCUGAUGGAGACUGGUGAGAGGUUUGAGAAGAGUUUCGCAGCAGAAUUAGUGGCUGUGGCUCAUCUUAGACAUCGAAACCUUGUCCCUCUCCGUGGAUGGUGUGUUCAUAAUGAUCAGCUACUGCUUGUUUAUGAUUAUAUGCCGAAUCGCAGCCUUGACAGGCUGCUAUUCAAAAGGGUCGAAAAUAACUCAGAUCAUACACUUGGUUGGGAAAAAAGAGUGAAAAUAGUGAAGGGUCUUGCAGCCGCACUGUUUUAUCUCCAUGAACAAUUAGAGGCUCAGAUUAUACAUCGUGAUGUGAAAACGAGUAACGUAAUGCUGGAUUCUCAUUAUAACGCGAGGCUUGGUGAUUUCGGGAUGGCUAGGUGGUUAGAACACGAGCUUGGUUACCAAACGAGAACAGAGUCGUUGGGUAACCAUCCGUUACGGUUAGCAGACACAACACGAAUUGGUGGCACGAUUGGGUAUUUACCACCAGAAAGCUUCCAAAAACGAGCAGUGGCUACUGCCAAAUCUGAUGUGUUCAGUUUUGGCAUUGUUUUGUUGGAGAUUGCUACUGGGAGAAGAUCAGUUGAUCUUACACUUCCUGAUGAUCAGAUCAUUCUUGUUGAUAGGAUCAGAAGUUUAUCUGAUAACAAAAUGAUUCUGCAAGCAGUAGACAGCCGGUUACAUGAUGGGUCUUAUAAAGUUCACGAAAUGGAGCAUUUGAUUAAUCUCGGGCUGUUGUGCACACUACAUGACCCGAAAUGUCGACCCAAUAUGAGAUGGAUCAUAGAAUGCUUAUCAGGUGGUUCUUAUGCCAAAAUUCCUAAGCUUCCUUCUUUCAAAUCCCAUCCUAGGUAUAUAUCUGUAUCGCGUAGCACAACGAGCACGACUGCGACUAUCACUACUACCGAGAGCGCGACAGCUACCACGACCACUAGUACGACCCCUUUUGCAAAUGCUUCAGAUAGCUCAACCGUUUUUGCUACUGCAAAUGAAGAAAGCUUGUACAUAACUGCAGAACAGGACCUUGAACCGAGUAGCGGCAGUCAUAGCAUGAUUUGCAGUACACAACCGAGCCACCGCCAGUUUAGCACAUCCCCGAUGGUCGAACCACCUAGGGAGAUAACUUAUAAGGAAAUCAUUUCAGCCACGGAAAACUUCUCUGACUCUAACCGGUUAUCAGAGGUUGAUUUUGGGACAGCUUACUAUGGUGUUAUUGACAACCAUGACAUCAUUGUAAAAAGGCUUGGGAUGAAAACGUGCCCGGCCCUACGGGUCAGGUUUGCAAACGAGCUAUCGAAUCUGGGAAGACUUCGACAUAGGAACCUCAUACAGCUUCGCGGGUGGUGUACCGAACAAGGGGAAAUGCUCGUGGUGUAUGACUACUCGGCUAAUCGUCUCUUGGGUCAACUCCUUUCCCAUCACAGCCACAAAAGAUCACCUGUUCUUCAAUGGAACCAUCGGUACAACAUUGUGAAAUCAUUGGCGUGUGCUAUCAGGUACCUUCAUGAAGAAUGGGAGGAGCAAGUUAUCCACAGAAAUAUCACAUCAUCCGCAAUAUAUAUCGAUGCAGACAUGAACCCUAGGCUUGGUUCCUUUGCAUUAGCAGAGUUUUUAACAAGAAACGAGCACGGGCAUCAUAUUGUAGUUGACAAAAAAGCUUGUGUACGCGGGAUUUUUGGGUAUAUGGCACCAGAAUAUAUGGAAUUAGGGGAAGCUACACCAAUGGCAGACGUCUACAGUUUCGGUGUGGUGGUGCUUGAGGUGGUGAGUGGACGGACUGCAGUAGAUUUUAGGAUGCCCGAGGUGUUGUUAGUAAAAAGAUUUCAUGAAUUUGAGGCCCGAGAGGGAAGUUAUGAAGUAAUGAUAGAUCCAAGACUAGAUGGAGAUUUCAACCGAAAAGAGUUAAGGAGGUUAGUGAAAUUAGCAAUGGCCUGCACACAGUCUAACCCGGACUUGAGGCCAACGAUGACAACAGUUGUUAGCAUACUUGAUGGCCACGAUAGAUGUUUUAUAGAUGAAGGGCAAAAGGAGACUAUAGAUGAAUGGAAAGAAAAUAAUGCAUUAUCUCUGUCACUGAUUUGGCGGAUUCAAGCAUUAGGAAUACAAUGAAAAUGGAUAUGCAGAACAGCAUUUACAUGGAGAGAUCAAUACUCAACAAAUUUUCAGUUUCUAGUACUACUUAUCUUAUGUGUAAACUUUCAUCAUCUUAUAUAUUGUGUAUAUAUCAACGUAUGCAGAUUGACGUUAGAUUGUCACCUCGGACCUACAUCAUCUGCUGCUGAAGUUUUAUUGAUCAUAUGGUUGGCUCUUAAAAA